CGUGCAUGCCGACGUGUGAGCUCUGCGCAGGCGGCGAGGCGUUUCUGACCGGACCUGCAAGCGACCGGCUCGUCAUGUGCACAGCGCAGUAGAGGGCUCCUCCGAACCACCCACCUGGCACCACCCUCGAGCGCAGACGCCCGCCGUUGCGAGCGCCCUCACCGACCACGCGGACGCCCGACAUGGCCGCCGCAAGCACCGCCGGCACCAGCGGGCAGCAUGAGCUCGACGACAUGGCCGACAAGAAGCCCAGCCUCCCCGUCGAGGAGGACAUUAUGCAGCUGGCGCGCCUGGGCGAGAUUGCCGCCAUCCAGAAGCUGUUCGACGGCGGCAAGUUCGAUGCGACGUACACGGACGAGCAGGGCAUCACGCCGCUGCAUUGGGCCGCCAUCAACAACCACUACGCGCUCUGCCACUUCCUGAUCCAGUCCGGCGCGCCCAUCAACGCCAAAGGCGGCGAUGCCGUCGCAACGCCCGUCCUCUGGGCCGCCAAGCGCUGCAACUACUACGUCGUCAACCUGCUGCUCGAGCACGGCGCCGACCCGCUCCUCACCGACGACCAGGGCUUCAACCUGCUCCACUCGGCCACCCUCGACGGCAAUGUCUACCAGAUCGCCCUCCUGCUGCACCAGGACAUCCCCGUCGACAUCCCCGACCCGCAGUCCCACACGCCGCUCAUGUGGGCCGCCUACAAGGGCUAUCCCUCUUGUGUCGACCUGUUCCUGCGCUGGGGCGCGAACGUGUAUGCCGCAGACGACCAAGGCUUCACCGCGCUGCACUGGGCGCUGGUCAAGGGCAGCCAGGGGAGCAUACAGAAGCUGCUGGAGUAUGGCGCAGACCGCUUUGCGAAGAACAACGACGGCAAGACGCCCGCAGUGACGGCCGAGGAGAUGAACACAUCCAGACAGUGGCGCAGGGCGUUGAGCGAGGCUGGCUACAAGCCAGACGGCAGUCCAAAGGAGUUUCCAAUUCCCGGAGUCAAGGACACGAGGUGGUUUCUGUCGAGGUUCAUAUUCUUCUGGCCGUUUGCCAUACUACUCCUAGGCCUGUGGCUCGUUAGCUACUAUCCUGUGUUUGUUGGUGUGCCUUUGGCGCUGAUAUCGAGCUAUGUCAUGCAGAUGGCCGCACAGAAGCUGCUGCAGUGGGGGCCCUCGAACAUGCGCAACAUACAUCACAGCCCCUUCUUAGCCGGCAUCUUUGCAGGCACUCUGUUCUGGGUCGGUGUGCGAUACAUCACUACGGUUCUGCCAGGAACAAUACGAAGCUCAUUUUUCACCAACGUUGGUUUUGCAGCAUGUUACGGACUUACGGCCUACUUCUACUUUUUCACCAUGUCUUCCGACCCAGGCUACGUGCCCAAGUCGGCGAGCAGGAGUGCUUCCAAGGCAAUCAUUGACGAGCUGAUGGAGCUGCGACAAUUCGAUGAGCAUCACUUUUGUGUAAGCUGUCUGGUCAGGAAACCCCUGCGCAGCAAGCACUGCAAGCGAUGCGAGCGUUGUGUUGCGAAGAGUGACCACCACUGCCCUUGGGUCAACAACUGCGUUGCCAACAACAAUCACCGCCACUUUGUCUUUUACGUCCUGUUUAUGGAACUCGGCAUCCUGGCCUGGCUUCGCUUGGCCUGGAGCUAUCUGGACCACCUUCCCAAACCCAAAAACGACGACUGCAACGUCCUCUCUGACGACCUCUGUGAGCUACUCAACAAAGACCCCUUCACCAUCAUUCUUUCUAUCUGGGCAGCGUUUCAACUCACGUGGGUCAGCAUGCUUCUCUGCGUGCAGCUUCUGCAAAUUGCCCGUAAUCUCACUACCUACGAGUCGAUGCGCGGACACCUCAACUCUCACACUGCCGCCGACGCCGUCACCUCGUUUGUUACGACAGGCGAUACCUCCCAAGACGUCGCUGGAGGGGCAGCAGGCCCAGGUGCAGCAGGCAGUGCACCCACCAACGGGUUUGGGUCUGGCCAAGACACUGGCGAUGCGCCCAAACGCGCGCAGGCACAGCACUCGCUAUGGGAUCAGUGGAAGCGACUACUCGGGUUGGACACAUUUGUGGCUAUCGCGUUCCACGGCUCCAACGCCGGCCAAGCGCGCACUCGGCGGCAGCGGCGUGGCAAUCCUUUCUCACAAGGCAUUGUCACGAACUGCAAAGACUUUUGGUGUGAUGGGGCGCCGGUGUUUGCAAAGAAGGAAGGCGGGUUUGCGAAGCUUGGCGGCGAGAGGGUUGACUACACACGGCUGUAUGACGUGGAGGACAUCCCGAAGAUGAGGUACGCGAGAGGCGGGGGAGGGGAGAGGUACGAAAGCGUCGGGACGGAGGAGGAAGUGUAAUGUAUAACGAGAAAGCAGCUGCAUUGCCAUGCACGCACAGAAGAUGGAAU